AUGGAUGCCUGGCAGAACAAGGUCAACAACAAUGGCCUUCUGUCUUUCCUGAGGGAGGUGUCCCAGUUCACUCCCGUGGCAUUUCCUAUUGCUGGAGAUCGCAGAGUGGUGGCUCCAUUCUGGGCAGAUGUUGACAACCGGCAUACAGGAAAUGUCUUUUAUCGGGAGAGCAAAAAUCCUGUGAUCCUGUUAAAAGCCACAGCAGAUAUUAGCUGUUACUUUCCAGAGUUUUCUAGAUUUGUCAGUACAUGGGUGCUGAUUGCUACCUGGUAUCAAGUAACAUUUUUCGGCGGAAGUUCAAUAACUCCGGUGAAUACAUUUCAAGUAGUGCUCAUCACAGAUGGUGAGCUUUCCUUUACCAUCUUCCAGUACCACAAUAUUACGUGGACGACAGGGAUGCAUGCUUCCAGUGGUGGUGACCUAUCAGGCUUGGGGGGGAUUGCUGCACAGGCAGGUUUUAAUGCUGGUGAUGGAAGGGGCUAUUUCAACAUCCCAGGCUCUCGGACAGAUGACAUUGUUGAAGUUGAGACCACCACUAAUGUGGGAUAUCCUGGCCGUUGGGUCUUUCGUAUUGAUGAUGCUCAAGUGCAAGUGGGUGGCUGCAAUGACUCAGCCUCUGUCUGCCCUAACUUGAGGCCUUGUCAAAAUGGUGGCCACUGCAUUAAUGACUGCAUUACUGGAAAUCCCUCUUUCACAUGCUCAUGUCUGGCUGGCUUUACUGGACGCAGGUGCCAGAUAGAAGUUGAUGAGUGCUCCUCAUACCCCUGUCAGAAUGGAGGCACAUGUGUGGACAAGAUUAACUCCUUCAUCUGCUUGUGUCCAGUGGGAUUCAAAGGGCUAACCUGUGAAACAGAUGCUGCCACUGCCACUGAAACCUUAUGCUCAACACGUACAUCCUGUCUAGAUAAGGAUGCCACCCCCUCCAGCCCUUGGCUGUCUGAUACCCUCUGUUAAAAACGGAGUACACUCAGGGCUAAAACAUCUUUCUAUACCGCCAAGAAUGAUCCGACCAUUUUGGACCCAGCAGACAGAGUGAUCUCAGCGGGAGGGGUCGAUGCCGCCGGACUCUCUUCCAGGGUUGAAUCCGCCGGACUCCCUU